AUGCAGGGAGCGGCGCGGGGCGCUCGGUGGUCGGCGGCCACUGCGCUCGGCUCAGCCCGCGUUCGCCUCCAGCGCGCCGCGCGCCGAGGGGCCGGCCGGGGAGGAGCGCGCCGGGCCGGGCGGGGGGAGGAGGAACGGGGGCCAGCGCGGGGUGCAGGUCCGGCUGGCUCCCGGGGGAGGCGGGGGCCGGAGAGCAAGGGCGAGUCGGGCGGUGCGCGCCUCCCCUCGGCCGGCGGCUCGGGACUCGCCGCCCCGCGCCCGCUCGCAGGAUCCCUGCUCACCUCUCCAGCUCGCCAAGUGGGGGACGGCGGCGGGACCUCCCGCGCCCUCACUGGGCGGGAGCCGCGGCUCCGACCUGUUCGGGGCGCGGAGGCGGCUCCGCCCGUGGCUUUUUCCCGGGAGGGCCACACCGCGGCGCCGCCUCUGCGCGCCCAGAUCUGGUGCAGCGCAAGGCCUGGGCGCCCAGCCUCGGCCGCCCUCCGGUACCUGCAGCCCUCGCGCAUCGUUCUCCGGGAGCCGGCUGGCCCCUGUUCCCACCGACUCCCACCACCACCACCCCGGAUAUCCUCACCGGAGCUGCCGAACCCGGCCUUGCUUCCUCGGCUCCAAGUCUCCCGUCGUCAGUGUUUCCAAAUCUGCCCUAGCUCACAGCAGCCGAUUCCAGCCAGCCGUCGGCCCUCUCCCAUUUCUCCCACUUCUUCCUCUCCUCGGCUUGAAUUUGACUCCAGGAGCCCCUAA